GGAAGCGUUGCUUUCUGGUUGGUGGCUCAGCUGCAGGGAUUGGCCACUGACGCCCGCACACACUGUUCUCUGAUUGGCUGGGACUGCACCUCCACGGCAGGACCCGGCGCUUCGCCUGGAAGUCGGAUUCCGUGUUCUCGGCGCUCCAGUGACCCGUUCGCGCCAUGGCGUCCCGGGGUCGUCGGCGGAGGCCCGAGACCGUGGUCCCGGGGGAGGCGGCCGAGACGGACUCGGAGCCCUCUGCGUCCUCGUCGGAGGAGGAGCUGUACCUGGGCCCGUCGGGCCCCACGCGCGGCCGCCCCACGGGGCUGCGGGUGGCGGGGGAGGCCGCGGAGACCGACUCGGAGCCCGAGGCCGAAGCCGCGCCGCGGGACCUGCCGCCGCUCGUGGUGCAGCGGGCGCCGGCCGGGGAGGCGUGGGGCGCCGAGGAGCCCCCCGCCGCCGCGCCCGCGCGCUCGCUGCUGCAGCUCCGGCUCGCCGACAGCCAGGCGCGGCUGGACCACGACGUGGCGGCCGCCGUGAGCGGCGUGUACCGCCGCGCCGGCCGCGACGUGGCCGCCCUGACCGCGCGCCUGGCGGCCGCGCAGGCCGCGGGCUUGGCGGCGGCGCACAGCGUGCGUCUGGCGCGCGGAGACCUCAGCGCCCUGGCCGAGCGCCUGGACAUCGUGGCCGGCUGCCGCCUGCUGCCGGACAUCCGCGGCGUGCCCGGGACCAAGCCGGAGCAGGAGCCGGGGCCGCGGGCCUAGCCUGGACCCCCAGCCCUGUUUUACUGUUCUCGGGGACGGGGUGGGAUGGGGACAGGCCUACAGCCCCUGGGACGUGGCUCUGGACCCUAUGAAACCCUUGCGGCCAUCCUCAGGGCGCAUCCAGCGCCUUGAUUAAUUCUGUGUGCAGUUUUUUGGGGUUUGGGUCCCCCCCUCCGUGGCUCAGCCCCUUACUUCCGGUUCCUUCCCUGAUGCUGUGGCAUUUGGAGCCUGUCACCUAAGUGAAGCUCCCUGUUAUAUGUGUGUUGGGGAGGGAAGGGUGUAAGGGAGGGGUGUCAUUCUCUGCUGUCUGGAAUUUGGUUUGUGCAGGUUCAGUUUCCCACAAGCUAAGCAGGACCCCAGUGCUGCUUCGGUCACCCCUUCAUUCCUGCUCUGCUCCCAGCGCCACGUGGGGACUGUCUGGGAAUCUGAGCCCUGGUGUCCCCUGCCCUGCCUUGGCCUCCCUCUGCCAUCUCAGUGGCCCAGUCCCACUGCCCCUGGCCUUCUUUCCCUGGGACCCCCAGGAUUAUUUUUGUGUUUUCCUGCUUUGCCCAGCCUACUAACCUGCCUGAUCCAGGGCUCCCCCUACCCCACUCACCCCGCCAGGCCCAGGGCGGCAGGCCCCAAGGUGCCUUUGCCAUCUUCCAAGCUCCUGGUGCAAGAUGGGCCUCCUGCCAGCUCUCCAUACAGAGUAUCACAGGUCAGACGUCACAAGUCAGGCCCUGUCCCCUGCCCCCAUGAUGGGCAGCUGACCUGGCCUGCAUGAUCCCCACCACCUCUUUGCACAGGUGGUGUUGGCCCCUGGAUGCUUGAAGAAUCUAAUCUGCCCUGCUCCGGGCAUGGGGUCAGCCCAGCCCGCUCCUCCCUACCCACUCUCUUCUCUAUCACCAGCUCUAAACCCUCUGUCCUAUUCCCACACUCAAUGCCCUGGCUGAGAUCCUGGGCCUCCCCUGUUCCCCCCUGAGGGUUGGGAAGAGUGCUCUAGCGCAGAACCAUUAGCCUUCAGUUCAGAAGGAGCCGGGGCAAAGUGACAGUACAGCGGGUAGGACCCUGCCUACUGGCCAACCUGGAUUCAGCCUCUCUCACAGUAUCACCUGCCUGACCAGGAGUGAUCCCUGAGCACAGAGCCAGGAGCAGCCCCUGAGCACUGCUGGGCGUGACUCCCCAAAACAAAAAAUAAAUGAAUAAUGAGUCAACAAAUAAAACUCAGAACAUGCGCCCAAACAA